GUGCAGAAGAGGGAGAUGAAGAUAUGUGUGCUGGUGAAAGAGCUCGUAGAGAGUAAGAAGCAGCACUCCGAUUAUCAGAAAGAGUUGUUCCGAAGAGAGCAAGAUUUGGAGAGACUGCACCGGGAGAGGGAUGAGCUGAAAGCCACGAUGGAGGACCAGAGCAGAGAGUGUGUCCACCUGAACCAGAUCAAAGAGAGACUGGAGGCUGACUUGGCUCUGAGCCAUGAGAAACUGCACAACUCGCACCUGGAGGUUCGAAGCAGAGAGAAGUUAAUUCUGCAGUUAAGAGAUGAAAUGAAGACAGCUGAAGAGAAGUAUCAGGGGACACAGGAACAGGUGGCAGCACUAGAGGGUGAGGUAAGACACUUAAACCACAAAGCCAGGGGACACCAGGAAGAGGCCUGUCAGUUGAGCAAAAAGGUCAGAGAUACAGAGCGCCUUAAAGACCAGAGGGAGAAAGAACAACAGCAGCUUCAUGAUCAGCUCCGUAGUAAUCUGCAACAGGUUGAGACACUUGAAGGGAAGCUAAAGAAGCAGGAGGAUGAGAUGGAACUUCUUCAUCAGCAGCUGAAAGGAGCGAAGAAGGAGCUAAAAGAUGCUAGUUUGCAAGCCCAGGAGCAAAAACAAACAGUUGCAAUUUUCAAACAGAAGUACACUGCAGCAAUAGAGAAGGUGCAUAGGGUGCAAGGGCAGGUGGAACUUUUAGAAGAAGAACUACAGUAUUCACGGCAACAGUUAAGAGAUUCCCAAUUAGCAACUCAUUCAGUGAUGAGAGAGAAAGCUGACAUGGAGCGGCGGUACCAGGAAAAGGUUGGCCAAUGGGAGAGCUCACAGGAGGCUCUUGACCAGUUGACUGAUGAGCUCCAGGCCAAUCAGAACAUACUGAGGGAGAGUCAGCAAAAACUGGACCACUUCAAAAGCCUGACAGGAUCAUUGCAGGGGCAGGUGGACUUGCUCAAACAGCAGAAACUGACGAUGGAAUGUGACCUACGGCUAUAUCAACAGAGUCAUUCACAUUCUGAUGACGAGUACGACAGCCUGCUAAGAUACAGACAGCAGCUACAGAAGCGCUGUACUGAACAGGUUGAGCGCAUUGCGGAGUGUGAAAAGGCUAUUCUUCAGAUGAAGUCAGAGCUGGAGCGACAAAGCCAGGAAAAAGCAGGUCUGAAGAAAAGUCUUGCUGCAUCCCACCAUACACACCUGAGCAAUCGUAGCCAGCUGGAACACGAAGUGACACGUCUGAAAAACGAAGUAACACGCCUGGAGCUUGAGCUGGCGGACACCCAAAAGGUACCCGUGGCACUCCUCAGGCAGUCAGAGGAGGAGCUGAAGGAGGCCCAGCAGGAGGCUGCAAGAAGGACCAGAGAGUUGGAUAUACAGAGAGGAGAGAUGCAGAGGCUUCAGGAGGAGUUACAGAAGGAAGAGGAGAGGAUGAGAGGUGCAGUCAGAGAGAAACAGAGCCUGAGCACUACUGUCAGGCGGCUGAGCCAAGAGCUGGAGGAGCUACGCUGCAAACACCAAGUGACAGUGGAGGAUUUGGCAGCCCAUGCAGAGGAAGCGAGGCGGAUGGAGGGGUGUCUGAAUGAGGGAAAGCUAGCAGAGGAGAAAAUAAGGUCAAUGGCUAUGGAGCUGGAGACGGAGGUGGCAGAGCUCAGGAAGAACCUUCAACAGGCUGUCAAUCAGAAACUCAAGGCAGAGAGAGAGAAACGAGAUGCACAGGACCAGAUGGGUGCACUCCGGUCGGAGCUAGAGGGGAUGCGGUCUGACAAUGCAAACCUUCGCCAUGAGAGCCAGCUGGUCAUGACUAAUGUCAACCUGUUGGAUUACUGAACAGAAGGCUUCCAAUGAGAGCCUCACUGCCCAGAUGAAGGCCCAAAACAAGGUGCUGCUCAUUGUCACCGAAGAGAAAGAACAUCUUCAGGAGGCUAAUGACACAUUGAAGGUGGAGGUAAAGAGACUGAAAGAAGUGGCGGAUAA